GGCCCAGCGAAAUAUUGUGUGUGUGGAAUCCAACCCUGCGCGCAAUGAGGAAUAGUUAUUGUCAUCAUCUGAGCCACAGUAAAUUCGGGAACAACGGAAAGGCAUCUGACCUGUCGCUAUCGCUGUCCCCCAGAUGCUGGGCAGCUAAAAACUCGAUCCGGCUAUAAAUCCAACGACCAGCUCACUGCUUUUGGACCACCAACCAGCAACAUCCAAUGCCUGUUCCAAUAGGAAAGACACCGAAUUAGAAAAGUAAUCAACCAUAAGCCGGCGGAGGAGCACAGUCCGGUGGCCCCCUCCGUUCGAGAUGGCGCCCUUUAAGCUGAAGUUCCGGAUGGGCAGCUCGCGCAGCACCUCGCAGGAGCACGAUCCAGAUCCGCAGGUGAACGAAGCGCUCCUGGGCACCCAGGAGCAGCAGAAUCAGCCGCAGCCCCUGCAGGAGGCGGUGGAGGCCAGCAGCAGCUCCAGCCUCGAUCUGGCGGAUUGCAGCAGUCUCGGCCAGAUGAGCAGUGAGCGCAAGUUGUUGCUGCCGCCCACCAGCAACAGCAUGCGUUUGGGCUACCUUAACCAGAGCCGCACUCCGUGCAUCAACGAAUCACUCACCGAUGCGGAUGCGGACAACGUGCCCACCACCCCACCGCCUUCCUACGAGCAUGUGCUAGAAGAGAACACUCGGUUGUCCCAGCACCAGCGCCAGUUAUCCCUGGAUAGCGCCACACCCAACCAGAACAGCCGGCGCAGCUCGGCCAACAGCUCGCGUCACAGCGCCGCCCAGCUAGGUGCCGCCUUGGAGCAGCUGGCCGGGAAUGGGGGCGGCAGCAUCUGCAACGACCCAGACUGCAGGCAGAACCUGAACCAGAACUACGCCAGCUGCAACGCAAGUCACUGCAGCAACAUCAGCAACGGCAACGGCAACAAUACCAGCAGCCACAGCGGCAGCAACCACAACAAUAACAACGACGGGGAGGAGAUCAUCGAGGGAGUCACUGAGCUGGAGCUGCGCAGCGACAACGAGGAGCAGCUGAGCAUCAACGAGUUCCUCUUUGAAACGGAAAUGGCGGCGUCACCUUCGCGCUGCACGGAUGAGCGUUAUGGAGCAACGGUAGAUGGUCAGGGGCAGAAUCAGUGCUCGGAUGACCAGUGUGCGCAGUGCAGCGAGGAGCGAGAGGGCGAGGGUGGCUGUAAGUCUACCUAUGACGGGGACGCGGCCAGCACCAGCAGCCAGGCGGCAUCGGCGGCAGCAGGCGGGGGACACAACUUUUACGAUCCCCUACUGAAUCGAGGCAGCUAUGCCAACUAUGCCAACGAAGGUGGCAAUGCGAGUUCUAGUUCCGGCAACCAGUGCCAGGAGGCCUGCUGCACCGGGUCCGCCUCGGGAUCAACUGCCUCACGGAGUGGUCAGCGGGGCCAGGGUCAGCAGCCCAGUCGACAGACCAACCUGCUCACGCCCGAAAUGAUGAGCAACAAGACGAGCAAGGAGAUCUACAAGGACCUGGCCAAGCAGUGGGGCAUCACCUGCAAAAUGUCGGAGAGCUGUCGGUGCAUGGACUGUCAGAGCCACUACUUUGACUGUGACUACGAUGAUAACGAGCACCAAAAGACGGACGGCGGACUGGGCGCUGGCACGCCCAUGUUCAUUAGCGAGGUGAUGCACGGCUCCGGAUGCAACAUAUUGUAGGGGGACUACGAUUACCGGAGUCCCGGACAAGGAUUUGCUGAACAUCUACAAUUAUUUCUUUGUAUAUCGCAUAAGUCUAUACAGGCGAUCGGCUAGGGGCAGGAGCCAUUUCACGUUAUUAGCACUGAAUGUAUGCACAUUAUUUUAAGGUAA